AUGGGAAUUUCAAACGAACUGAUUGUCGUGCGGCUGGGCAACCCGGAUGCGAAAACUCUCUUAUCAGCAUGUCUAUUCCUCAUACUUGCCUACGGAGCAUUGAAGGUCCUCAAGGCAUUAUGGAAUGGCCUCACAGGGCCGUUGGCCAAGAUACCUGGGCCGUGGCUCAAUAGGUUCACGGCUCUGCCCUGGAUGGUGGCAGUCGUCAGAGGCAAGGCGUUUGAGAAGGGAAUCAACUACAACCGUAAAUACGGUGACAUUGUCCGAGUCGCCCCCGAUCUCGUUCUCGUCUCUGACGAAAAGUCCGUCCACCAGAUUCUAGUAGGAAUGGACCUCCGAAAGAGCGUCCUGUAUGAAAAGUUCAGCCAAAACGAAGACGGCGUCACGCUCUUCACCAUGCGAGAUCGGGCGCAGUACCGCACCCGGCGAAGGCUCUUCUCUCAUGGCUUCUCCAUCAGUUACCUCAAGGGCCUUGAGCCGCUGAAGCUGAGUUGUAUUGAGGCGCUCGAGGAGUUCAUCGACAAUCAGUGCGCCCGGGAUGGAGGCGAAACCGUCAUUGAUGCUUGGAACCUCAUGGGCCGCCUGGCGUCCGACAUCAUGAGCGCAACUGCGUUUGGGGGCUCGUUUGAGUUGGUGAAGAAUGGAGAGCAUCCUAUCCGCAAGAAGUUCUCUGAGAGCUUUAAGAGGGGCACAAUUGUAAGUGUCACUCCAAUUGGUGGCGAGACGAAAUGGCUAACGAUUGGCGGGGAAAAGUAUCAACUCCUGCCCUUCUUGAAGUAUAUCCCCUUCCUACCCAAAUUCCGGGAUCCCGAACUUGCUCAACUCAUCAGUGAUAUCAUCGAAAAGAGGCAAGCGUCGACCGACAAGCUGGCCAAGCCUGACCUGCUACAGCUCCUCCUCGACACACAUGAAAAGAACCCAGAGACAUUGUCGCGUAUCGAGGUGUUUUCCGAGAUGCUCGUCUUUUGGCUAGCGGGCAGCGAGACGACCGCUAGCACGCUCACAUUCGCAAUGAUGUUCUUGCUCAAUGACCCCCCUUCCUACCAAAAACUUGUCAACGAGAUUCGGGGGAGGUUUCCGUUAUCGAAUUCGCCGGUUUCAGACGACCAAACGACGGACUUGCCGUUCUUGCACGCUGUUUUGAAAGAGACAAUGAGGCUUGCUCCUCCGGCAACUGGUGGGCUUCAAAGACAGACUGAUGAAGAUGCGAUUCUGUCUGAUCACUUGAUCCCAGCUGGGACUAGAGUGACUGCAAACACCACCGUACUGCACUGGGAUGAGAAGCAGUGGCCUGACGCAGAGAAGUUCGUUCCCGAGAGAUGGCUGUCUGACUACAAGGGCACGGCCGCCAACGAAAGAACGGCAUACUACCCCUUUUCUGCGGGAUCGCGGAACUGUAUUGGAAAACAGUAA